UCCAAAGCCGUCGGGACUCGGCGAGGCUCUGGCGGCGCGUUCACUUCCCGCUCGGACGCAGUACGCUACGGACUCUCGCGCAGGCGAGAUUGCACCAAUCCGCUCGGUCGAUCCGGCGACCACGUGCGCCAUCCGCGACGUUACGAACGUGGGACCCGGCGUUGUUUUGGUGCCGACCCGGCCAUGUGUUUUCGGUAACGGAGGACGGUCCAUUGUGCGGGACAAACGGUGGUAGCCUGUCACGUUGGGAUAGACGGAGCGAUACUUUGAAUUAAUGAGGAAUUUCAUUGUGAUUGGUUCGAUAUUUGGAAAAGCUUGAUUUCAGGGAGGUAUUUUUGGGAUAGUAUUGGAAAAUGGAGGUUCAUUGAUUAUCGAUGAAUAAGUUGAAGGGUAGUGUGAAUGGAGGCUUCGUAUAUUUAGGUUUCUGAAAUUCGAGAACUGUUACGAGUACAUCGGCCUACGAGGUAGAUGUCGAGGUAGAUGCGGUCUUAGAGGCUGAGAUUUGCAUCGGAAAGACAGCGGAAAGGAAGAAGAAUAUUGUUGUAGAUAAAGAAGGAUUACCAGUGACGUGUACUGUCGUCGCAAUAGGAAACGCCCAAGAAUCGCUCCCCGGGGGCGGUAAAAAAAGGAGAGCCGCGAGCGUGGAAAAUAUCAAUGAACCCGUGAUUUUACGAUUUUCAUUAACAUAUCGGCGUGCGUGGGGUAAAAACAUGUCGCGCGGCGUUCCUAGGCGAUCGUUAGUCCGGGAAGAGCGGAAGAGGUGAUACCGAUCAUUCCGCGAGAGGUUCGCGCCGGUCGACGAUUAACAAACAAAACGAGAGAACCCCGAAAAAAGGAGCAAACCGCGCCCGCGGACGCUCGCGGAGGGAGAGGGAAAAAAGGGGAGACGAGAAUGAGAACGAGACGUGGUUAAGAAGAAACGCGAGUGGUAACGAGUCCCCGGGACGCUAAGGCGGUCCGGCAACUUAGCCAGGCUACGGCCGGGUGGAACUGGCCGCGACACCGGGUAAUGCCGAACGGGGUUUCCGUUUUGCUCGAUUUAAUUCGUUCGUCGUAAAUAGAGGCGGCGAUCGGGUUCUCACGGCCGUUGGAUUGAAACGGUGCCCGUGACGCGGACGAAUCGAUCCCCGCGACAAAGAAACGCGGUCGUUCUGGUACGCUAAGUUUCCAGGCUACUUGCCCUGGCGCCUAGCGUGGCGCUCGAGAAGCUGGAGCGGCGACGAGCGAAUUGAGCCUGGUCACGUUAUCGUGGUAACGGCGGAAGAUUCAUGGGUGCCCAUCACGACGAUUCCCAGAUGGUCCUAGAGAUUCCCGUGCACUCGAUCAAGUAGCCACCCCCCAAAGAUCGAGGCAAGAACGCUGCUGAUGAUGAAAUAGCUGGGAUGGAGCCAAGGGGGAUGACGAUCGAACAGGAUCGACGAGGGCCAGAAGAAACGCGGAUACGCAAAAAAUGGCAGCAACGACGGAGUUACCGGGUUAAUUAGAUUAUCGACGGUGUCCCCGGGAGCAGCUCGCAGAAGGCGCGCACUCGGCCAGGCACGACCAUACAUGGUCCACCGUGUCCCACGUAGCGAGGGAAGAAGCUGGCGGCAGGCGACGCGUGGGAGGUCGAGGCUGGUUACACGCCGGUUUUUACGCACCCCAGGAAGAGACAGAUUCGUGUGCUCACCUUGGGAGAGCCCACACGCGGCAACUACCGCCGCGACUAUUAAGCAGCGCGCGCUCGCCCGAGUUAGAGGCACCGGUCCCCUCCCCCCGGUCACGCUCGGUACGCGCGGCGCCGGGCAAACGACUUUUCCGAGAAGCACGGCCAAUCGCGGUUCGCCGGUUGAAACGAUUUUACGGUGCGGCGAUGGCCUCGCAGGGGAGCCACGUGAAAAACCGUUGACUUUAUCGACGCUUCACCGUCAGCGCUACAAGCCGGCCAGCCCCGCCGGAGGUUUUACGAGCCGGAAAAUCGGUUUCGGGGCGGCUUCCCGCGUGGAGGCGUCGAUCGGUGACGGACGUUCCCAACGUGUACGCGGUUUGGAUCGCGUGCCGACUUUCAAUUUCAGCGCCCAACGCGAGCGAGUCCCGCCGCGGCUAUAAAUCCAGAUUUCCGUGUUUCCAGUGAACCAGUCUCUCCGCCGCGACGGUGACGCCGGCAGCGCGCGCGCGCGCUUCGCCGGCGACCGGCUUAGGAAAUCAUUAGAUCCGGCAUGCUGGAUGAAGCACUCGAUGCGCAGAUGAAAGUGUAGCGGAGCGUGUUAUGCAAAGCAGACCAGGAGAAACCAGAAAAGCCUGAUCCGGUGAUCGAUCUGACCUGUUGCUACGAAUUCGCGUCGACGAUCGAUCCCGUCCCGCUCGCUCAUUGACCGAACGGGCACGAUUGGGAGACCGGUUUUGCCAGGAAACUUCCGCUCUGAUUUUGAUCUGUCUCCAUGGAAAUUUCUCGAUGAGAAGUCUCUGGAACAUUGAAACAGUAAGAGACGAGGGAAAAGGAGUCUUUUAGAGGAUCCCGAGCGGAUAUCGAGGAGGAAGGAUAGGCGAGUGCUAAGUGACGCUUCCAGUUCGAUGCUUCCAGAGGUUUCUCCGUCGCCGAACGAUUCCUCCCGUUUCGUCGGAUCGGCUGUUUCCACGAACAUUGAUCAACGGGGGAUUCCUCGGGCCCGGAACCUACCGAUUUGAAUUGCAAAUCGCGCGAGAACAUGGAUUUCUUCGGGACCGUUCCCCGUGUCGCGCGGUCCCCGUAAAACGAAAGUCGAGCGGACCACGGAGGAUUCAGGGGACGUUGGAAGAGAAGUAUAAAUAAAGGAGAGGGGAAAAACUAUGUCGGUCGCGGGGACCAGGAAAUUAUGCAGAGUGGGUCUGGCCGCAGUGCUGGUCACCGCGCUGUGCGUGUUGACUCUGCUCGACUCGCCGCCGCAACUCCCGGAUCCACCGGCGGAUCCUCCUCCCACGCCUGGUGGCGAGCCCCCCGGCACAAGAAGCAUCGUGGCUUACUCCUGGGCGCGGAGAUUGGCACUCGAUUACAGACCCUCCAAGGAGUGCGACGGUAAUGGAACGUACGGCGCGACGUUAAAUACGUUCAAGUUAGCCGACGCGAAGUGGCUCGAGACAAUCCCCGGACAGCUCUUCCUGUACAGCGCCCACUUGGACCUGAGAGUGGCCGGUUAUCCGAGCUUGAGGGUGAUUGGCGUUAAACGCGGACCAGUGCCGACCUCCGGCCUUUUCUGCACCGUUUGGUACAAGGAAGAGGACAGGGGCAGAUCGGUGAGCGUGGAGGCGCUGGUCUCGACGAUUUGGCUGGACGAGUGGGGCGAGACGGUGGACAGUUACGCGGGCGUCCUAGUCGGCUGUCAAUUAUCCGCGGACGCGUCGGCCGAGCCGUCCAGGGUAUACGUGGGCCCGGAGCCCUGCCACAAGAAUGCUAGUCAUAGUUUAACGAUAAGCCCGGUGGACGGGAACGAGCGCCGCGAGAGCCGCAGGGAGUUCACGUUGUGCAUCAAGGGGCUGGACUUCGACGAGGACAUAUCCUCGAGGCUGGUCGCGUUCGUCGAGCUCCACCGGAUCCUGGGCGCGGAGCUCUUCUACUUUUACGUGUUCGACGUGCACGAGAACGUGCUGAAGGUGCUCAGGCUGUACGAACGCUCGAACGUGAUCAGAUGGUUCAAUCUGACGUUGCCUGGCGACCUGCCGAACGAGAAGCACGCCAGGAGGAGGCUGCUGGGCGAGGACAUCUGGAUCAAGAGGCGGAUGGAGCUGAUACCAUACAACCACUGCUUCUAUGAUAACCUCCAUCGGUCGGAGUUCGUGUUACCGAUCGACAUCGACGAGGCGAUCGUGCCGGUCACCAGGCGGAACUGGUACCAGCUGCUCCUGGACGAGAGGAUCAAGCUCGGUAGGAGCUUCAAGGACUUCGCUUCGUACGCGGUCAGAAACGCUUACUUCUUCCCCGAGCUGCAAAGCAGGAACCAAACGGACCCUGCCAGGUUCGACGCCGAUUCGACCGGCGGAUUCUUAGGCGAUCUUGAUUAUCUGAAUACCGUGAGGACAGCGUCCAUCUCGCCAGAAGGCGACUCGGUGAAGAGCUUCGUCUCCACCAGGCGCGCGUUGACCGUGCACAACCAUUACGCGCUGACCACGCUGAACCCGUCAACGAGACGCGCGCAUCACUUCGACCCCGACGACGUGCUCAAACACCAUCACAGAGCCUGCGACGGGAGACACCUAGAUUGCGAGCUGCUGAUGGAGGAUGUUCGAGUGGACGAGUCCGCGCUGAGGUACGCGGACGAGCUGCGGGCCAGGAUGGGAGUGUUCUUGACCGACCUCAAGGCAUUCGAUUAGG